UCGUAACUUCUAUACCAUCUUAAGGACACCAAACCUUUAAGAUUUGGCACAGUUUAUGUAUACCUAGUUUAUCUACACAUGGAUGCAUAGACGUACGUCCGACUAUACUAGGCCAGGUUAAAUUGUACAGUCGAAUGUUGUGCAUUGCAGGAAGAUUUUGCGGACAACUGCUUCGUUGAAUUCCCAAGACUUUGUGGGAAUAGAAUUUCCCUGCCGUGUAAAAUCAAUUGGAAUCUUUUGAUAUUUGAUUCUUGUUUGUUAUUGAUCUCACCAGUUUAUGUUGUCAGUGACAUUGGUCUGUUUUUUUUUCUCGCAUUGUAGCCAAAUAGGAUUGGAUCUGAAUACAGAGGCAGUACAUCCAAGAAAGGGCCAACAAAAAUUAAUAUGACAGGUUUCCCAAAUCGAAUAGAGAUAAACAAGAAGUCAGUGGCCUUGUUAAUCUUCAUAGCGCUUUGGUGCAUCGUAAUGUUAGUAAAGUUGGAACAGCUUGUACAUGUUCCUGCAAGAAUGGAACGUGUUGGGAAUACACAUCAACCAGCCAUGAAUACCAGGACAACACCAAGACAAGUCCUAGAGCAAAAACCGUCAUGCAAUGACACCUACAGCACCAAUCUGAUGCCAGCGGGAACGUUCCCGCUCGUAGCUCUUGCUAGUUUUCCCGGGUCGGGAGACAGGUGGGUGAGGAGAAUGAUCGAAAGAGCCACUGGCUAUGCGACAAGUAGUGUCUACCACAUCCAGACCUAUGAAAAAGAUUUCAUCGGAGAAAUGCGAAAUGUUGCAGCAGGCGAGACAAUAGUAUCAGGGAUGCACGACUAUUGGCGGGGAUACACGAACAAAAUAGAUGGCCAAAUAUCCAUCAAUAAAGCCAUCUUGAUCAUGCGUAACCCCUACCAAGCAAUAAUAGAUGAGUUUGUUCGAUUGGGAUUUGGGCCGAACGGCAUCGUCGACGAGAACAGGUUCCGGAGCGAAGCCUGGUCCGUGUAUGUGUCUGAGACUUUUAAGUUCAGUCGUUGGCUGAAACUAUCGCGGACUCUGUUUGAGUUAUGCAACCAUCAAGGCGCCAAUUCCCCUUGCAAGUCCAUUCUUAUUGUAUACUAUGACAAUUUAGAAACAAACUUGGAAGAUGAGCUGCGCCGAAUUAUGAAGUUCCUCGAUGUUGAUGUUAAUGAGCAUCGUUUAUCCUGUUCAGUGGCAUCCGCAGAUGCCUCUCCACAUCGACCGCAUCCGCCAAAUCUGUCUUUUGAUCCUUUCACCAAAGAGCACCAUGAAAGACUUGACGAAGAUUUAAAAACUUUUCAUCAAUGGCUAGUACAGGAGGGACUUCCCCAGUCCCCUCCUGGUUUUAGCCUCAACACCAUCAUGUGAUUACGGCGAACUUCUCUUUUUCUCACGAUGGUGUAGACAGGAAUCAAAGGGAAAUCCAACCUUAGUAGCGAGUCGCUCUGAUAGAAAAAAGAAAGUCAGAGACCAUGAAACCAUGACAAGAUCACGAUUGUGUAAUUACUAUACAUGUGGGAAAUUCAAGUAGGCUGAUUUGGUGAUUUGACUGUGACAAAUUUCAUUUUUCCUACACACACACACACACACACACACACACAAAUUAAAAUGCAAUUUUUAUUUUAAAAAUAAAAAUAGUAUUACUCAGGGGGAUCUUUUCUGCUCGUUUGGAGGACCUAUAACAUGCCAUCCAAUAGUGCCUCAAGCGAGAAGGCGUUUACUAGAAAACUAAACCCUUUUUUAUUAUUUGUUAUCGUUUUUUAUAAUUUGUAUUUGUUGUACAGUAACCUAACAAUGUGUGGUAGAAUGGUGGAAAGAUCGAUGUUCUAGAUCUUAAAUAUCUUAACUCUAGUGCCACUGAGAAAAUUACUUAUGCUUUAAUUUCAUCUCGCUUGGAUUUUGGUAAUGGGCUUUUGUUUGGUUCGCCUCACAACCUACUCACACAAUUACAAAAAUUACAGAAUGCUGCUGCUCGUGUCGUGACCCUGUCCAACAAGUACAAUCACAUCACACCAGCCCUCAAAUCACUCCAUUGGUUGCCCGUAGAAGAACGUGUUGUUUUCAA